AUGUCUACAACAGCCUCGGCCGGCCUACCGGCCUCCACACCCCAAUUCCAUCCGGGGUACGACACCUGCACCGAAGUGACGGCCAUCUGCCGCGUCGAAUACACCACCCUCGGUUACUACCCCAACCAAGGCGUCAACAUCUUUUUGGCGAUCGGCUUUGGUCUGUGUGCUAUUAUAACGCUUGUUAUCGGUAUCUGGAAGCGAACGUGGGGAUACUCCAUCGCCAUCACAGCGGGGUGUAUUUUGGAGAAAAAAAACGCAUCCCGCGCCCUCCUCUCCCUCAACCCAUGGAACGGCUCCGCAUUCAAGACCCAAAUCGUCUCCAUCAUCCUCGGCCCCACCCUCAUCUGCAUCGGCCUCUACCUAACCCUCAAACACAUCAUCGCCUCCCUCUCCCCUUCCUUAUCCCCCUUCCGCCCGCGCUUUUAUCCUCUCUUCUUCGUCCCCGCCGACGUUUCUUGCUUAGUAAUCCAAGCCAUAGGCGGAGGCAUCGCCGCCUCAGCCGGAAAAGAUAACUACACUCUUCUGCAACACGGUAACCGCGUCAUUAUAGCAGGUAUCGUCCUACAAGUCGUUGUACUAGGCGCAUUCGGGAUUUUAUCUAGUAUUUUCUUGCUUAGAGCCAAAAAGUAUUUCCGCGGGGUGCAGGAACAGACAACGAUGGAGAAACAGACAUGGCAAGAUAAGAAAACGAGAAUGUUUCUAUGGGCCAUGGCGGGCGGGUACGCGACGUUGUUGAUACGGUGCAUUUAUCGGAUUGCUGAGAUGGCGGGCGGGUGGGGAAACGAAAUCAUGCAGGAUGAGCCGAGUUUUGUGGUGUUGGAGAGUUUCAUGGUGUUGAUUGCUUGUGUGCUGUUUACGGCGUUUGCGCCGGGGUGGUGGUUUCCGUGGAUGAGUCAUUCCGAAAAGGUAAAUCCUGGGUUGAGGGCGGAGAGGGCGGCGAGGGAAGGAGGUGGUGGUGGACAGGAAAUCGGGGAGACGAGUUCGGGAAAUGAAAAGGUUGUUUCUGUGUAAGAGGGGAGGGAAGUGGUGAUGAUGUGGAUGGGAAGAGAAUGAGGAAUGAUGUGUUGGAUGCCUUGAAAUGGUUGAUUCUUAUUUUUUUUUUCUGGUUAUAGAUGGGAUAUCACUGAAGCGUUCACUAUCUGUUCGAUGCAUGCAGUACCGACAUUAAUGAAAGCAAUUCUUG